AAAAGAUUGUCGAGAUUUAUCAUUUUCGUGAUGUUAAAUUCCGUGUUCGGUAUCGCAAUCCGUGGAAAUUAAAAAAAUUCUUGUUAAUUCAAUUUUUUUGUGCUUACGUUCUCCUAUGUCCUCUGAAAUAUAUUUUACGAGUCUGUUUGUAUUAGGUCAUGCAGCGGUUCUCAAUGUCCCAAAUCGACCGGCGUCGUCGUUGCGCGGCCGGACAAUUCCGCCCGCUGCACUGACUUGACAACACAAGUAAUUGUUAUUAUUGACAGAGUGAUAAUGUGAGCUGGAAUCGACGGCGCGUUUCUGUGUGUACUCGAGGGCGCGUUUGGCCGGUGAGCGCCGUGACCCAAGCGUCGACCCCGUCGAGAAACCGCGGAACUUCGUGCAGGCUUUAUUCAGCAAAGACGAAAUUUUUUCUGUCAAACUCGUCGUCACACGAGGAUAUAGGUUAUGUGAGUUCCGCGAGCGGAGCGAGCGAGUGGAGUGAGCUCGUCCCCCUGCUCUCGCCCCGUUGACUUGUCAGGCGAGUCACCACCAGGAUGGGCCAGGGUACGGAGACGUGCGCCGACCGGCCCACCGAGGUCAGCGUCAUCAGAUUUGUCUCGCGGAAUCGCACCAUUGAGGAAAUCGCGCCGAAAAAGGAAGUAUACACUUGCAAACAACGAGGUUGCAAUAAGGUGUUCACUAAUCAAGAUGAAUAUAAGACGCAUGAGGCACUAGAGGCUUUAAAAAUUCGAUUUAUUUGUCGCGAGCCAGGGUGCGGAGAGGAAUUGUCAGAUCCAGGUAGCAUGUGGCGACAUUAUCAGGAAUGGCACAAUAACGAAACAAACGUCUUUGUUUGCCCAUACACCAAUUGCGGAUCUUUGCAAUCUACCAGCGGUAAUCUUGAGGAGCAUAUUGAGAGUUGUCAUAGACAACCACCUACACUGCCAAUAGAGCCCGAGAUAAUUUGUUUCGAGGGCUCCGAAAAUGCAAUAGACGACGAAGUUAUACAAAAGACUGACGAGGGAUGUUAUGAAAAACUGCCAAGCGAAAACUUUACCAUAAAGGAAGAGUACGGAAAUAAGGAAGAAAAUUGUUCUAUUAGAAACGAAACGAAAAUUCAGGUGAAGAACGAGUUUUGUCACGAGCAGAAUAAGAUUACUGUUACAAACAGCGACGACUACUCGAAUAAUGAAUCUUUGAAUGGUAUCAACAAGUUUUCCAGCAGCGAAGAUCUGCUUAUAAUUAAGGAUAAUUUCUUACGGAAAUACGAUGCUGGAACACCAAAGUGCGAAGAGAUCCUUCAAGUGGAGUGCACGCAGGAUAAGAAUAAUGUGGUUUAUAUAAAUAGCGACGUGACCAUUACGAAAAAUUUGAAAACAGAAAUAUGCAAUUUAAAUAUACGAAAUCAGGAGCAUAGAAUAGAUUUAGGAAACAUGGAGCGUGUCUUUCGGAGCGGUCUCGAGCGUGAGAGUUCUUUGAAAGUCGAAGAGGGCUCGAUAGAAACGAAUAGCAAUUGUUCGGACGACGAGGAGUACACCCCAAAGAAACAACGCAUGUCUAGGUAUAAACAGGAAACGUAUAAAUGCGACAUUAACGGUUGCGGAAAGAAGUACAAAUACAUAUCUCACUAUCGCCAUCAUCAAGACAGUCAUAAAUUAGUCACGAAUGCAAUUAAUUCCAAUACUGGUAAGCAAAUGCCAAAGGUAAAGCAAGGAAAGGCGUCCACUGUCAGCUUCUUCAUAUGCAAAAUGCCUGGAUGUGGUGCGCAGGUAAACAACGUAACUGGCCUAUGGAAGCAUUAUCAGGACAAUCAUGCCAAUUCCAAGCCGCCAGUCGUACAAGCUAUCAAGAACAAUGAAGUAUUUCAAUAAGGCGUUUGCGAAUCGAUUAUCGAUAAUUUUACCGUUCGCGUCGCGGGCGGCAAGCACGUAAAAGUUCGUAGCGCAAAUAAUAAAGUAAUAAGCCGAUAUUUCAGAGGCAAGGUACCGGGG